CACACUGACUGCGACCUCUCCGCUGAGAGGAGGAGGGCGACGGACUGUUGGUAACCAUGGGCCACGGUGUCGGCUGAGGAUCUGGAGGGCUUUGCACACACCUAUCGCUUCCACCUCUGUAUAUGACAUGGCCACGGCCUCGUCCAGAACAGAUUGUAGCAAUAACCACGGAAGGACGUCGCAGCUACAUGCCAUUGUUUCAUGUGCCAAACUCAAGAGGAAGAAGACUUUGUUUGGGACGGCCAUUUAUGUGGAGGUGACAGCGGAGGGUGAGAGCAAGAAGACGGCCAAAUCCCAUAGCUCCUCCAGUCCCAAAUGGGAAGAGCGGCUCACCUUGAAUGUAACACCACACACACAGUUGGAUUUUAAAGUAUGGAGCCAUCACACUCUAAAGGCAGACACACUGCUUGGGAAAGCCACUCUAGACCUGCGCCAAGCUCUGGAGCAACACGACAGGAAACUUGAGAAUGUAAAGGAGGUGCUGAAGCUAACUCUGGAAAAUAAGAACGGUGUGGUGACUUCUGGAGAGCUCACUGUCAUCUUAGACGGCUUCACUGUUGAACCGGAUUCUUUGCAUAAUGGUAAUGCCACCACUACAACAACCAAAGUUCAGCAGAAUGGAGAUGCCAUUCAUGAGAAUGGGGAGGAUGGUGCCACCAGGGCCCAGAGCAGCUCAGUGAAUGGCACAAACGGAGUUGAAAGUGAAGCACCAUCCACCUCUUCUGGCAACAGUGAGGGCAGCUCUGUUCCUAUUGUAAAUGGUGAAGGAGAGCCCACACCUACACAUCAGAUCGCCAGCCCAAAGGCAACGUCCAUCCCGAACCCUGCAGACAGGGACUUAGACAGUACGACUGUUAAUGGGGAGAAUUCUGCUGCUGCAUCCACAGUGGAGCAGGUGCCUCCCCCUGCUGGUGGGAGUGAGGAAGGCAGUGAAUCUGCAGCUUCAUCAUCUCCAAGACAGCCUGCUGCUCCUUCCAACACGCAGCCCACUAGUGCCGCUACCGCCGCUGCCUCCUCUUCAACCUCUUCCUCGUCUACAGCUUGCCAGGCGGCUGCUGCUGUUGCUGCUGCUACAUCCUCUAGCUCUACAGCAGAGGCUGCAACUGGCAACAGCACAGCCACGGAUGGAGCCAAACCGCGCCAGCAAGCACCUAGCUCUGGCACUGCAGACCCUUUGCCUCCUGGGUGGGAACAGAGGAAGGACCCACAUGGCCGAACUUACUAUGUCGAUCACAAUACGAGAACCACAACAUGGGAAAGACCACAGCCCCUGCCACCAGGGUGGGAGAGGCGAGUGGACGACAGAGGCCGAAUCUACUACGUGGACCACAACACACGGACCACUACGUGGCAGAGGCCCACCAUGGAGUCAGUGCGCAACUUUGAGCAGUGGCAGUCUCAGCGCAGCCAGCUACAGGGAGCUAUGCACCAGUUUAACCAGAGAUACCUCUACUCGGCUUCAAUGAUGUCGGCAGAAAAUGACCCUCUGGGCCCACUACCUCCUGGUUGGGAGCGACGAGUGGAUUCUAAUGAUAGGGUGUAUUUUGUCAAUCACAAUACCAAGACUACCCAGUGGGAAGAUCCACGCACACAAGGGCUGCAGAAUGAGGACCCUCUACCCGAAGGCUGGGAGAUCCGCUAUACACGAGAAGGGGUUCGAUACUUUGUGGAUCACAACACCCGCACCACCACAUUCAGUGACCCAAGGACUGGCAAGUCCUCUGUCACCAAAGGGCCUCAGAUAGCAUAUGAGCGUAGCUUCCGUUGGAAACUGGCUCACUUUCGCUACUUGUGUCAGUCCAACGCACUUUCCAGCCAUGUUAAAAUCACAGUGUCUAGACAGACGUUGUUCGAAGACUCUUUCCAGCAAAUAAUGGCUCUGAAGCCUUAUGACCUUAGGAGAAGGCUUUACGUCAUUUUCCGAGGGGAGGAGGGUCUGGACUAUGGAGGCCUUGCCAGGGAAUGGUUUUUCCUUCUCUCACAUGAGGUCUUGAACCCCAUGUACUGUCUGUUUGAGUACGCCGGCAAAAGCAACUACUGUCUGCAGAUAAAUCCCGCCUCCACCAUCAACCCAGACCACCUGUCCUACUUCUGCUUCAUUGGCCGCUUCAUCGCCAUGGCACUCUUCCACGGAAAGUUUAUCGACACAGGCUUCUCCCUGCCUUUCUACAAGCGCAUGCUCAACAAGAAGCUAAUCCUGAAGGACUUGGAGUCAAUUGAUCCAGAGUUCUACAACUCUCUGAUCUGGAUCAGGGACAACAAUAUUGAAGAGUGCAGUUUAGAAAUGUAUUUCUCUGUUGACAUGGAAAUCCUGGGCAAAAUCACCUCCCACGACCUGAAACCAGACGGGGCGAACAUUCUGGUGACAGAGGAGAACAAAGAGGAGUAUAUCGGGCUGAUGGCAGAAUGGCGGUUUUCCCGAGGUGUAGAGGGACAGACCAAAGCGUUUCUGGAUGGCUUCAAUGAGGUGGUUCCCCUGCAGUGGCUGCAGUAUUUCGAUGAGAAGGAGUUGGAGGUAAUGCUUUGCGGGAUGCAGGAGGUGGAUCUGCAGGACUGGCAGAGGAACACUGUGUAUCGCCACUACACCAGAAACAGCAAGCAGAUCAUGUGGUUCUGGCAGUUUGUGAAAGAGGUGGACAAUGAGGUUCGUCUGCGACUGCUGCAGUUUGUCACUGGCACCUGCAGGCUGCCUCUGGGGGGCUUUGCUGAGCUCAUGGGGAGUAACGGACCUCAGAAAUUCUGCAUCGAGAAGGUUGGCAAGGACACUUGGCUUCCUCGCAGUCAUACAUGCUUCAAUCGACUGGACUUGCCCCCCUAUAAAAGCUUUGAACAGUUGAAAGAGAAGCUGCUUUUUGCAAUUGAGGAAACAGAAGGAUUUGGCCAAGAGUAGAGAGCAGUUCCUCUCUACAGCCGUGCCCAGCCAAGUCCAUGAGGGGGAGAAAAAAAAAGAUUACAAAAAAAAUCUUUAGUUGUGAUCGUGCUGCACUUGCAUGGCUGUCUCCAGAGAAGAUCAAACCCCCACCCCUCUCCCCUCCCCAGACGCACAAACACACCAUGCAGCAAAUCCAUUACUCCGUUUGGUUUGCAUAUCAUCCAAAAGACCUGGGUUCAGUCUGACAGUAUUGCUGUUUGUCACUUUAGACCAGAAGUAUUUUUGUUCCUCUACUUAGCUGCUGCAUUAUACACAGGUUAUCUACUUUAGGUUCUCAGUGUCCUUGUUCAGAAAAUGAAUUCACAGGGAAAGGCUAGCUCAGUCUUACUUUCUCUCUUACCAUAUUUGCUUAACAUAUAUAUGCCUGUCAAGUUAUAUUCAAGGCUACGCAGGUUCUCUUUGGUUUAGACUACUGGAAAAAUAGAUUGUCUUAAACUUCAGACUAGCUGGCAAGCAGAAGGAAGCAUUCAGCAUCAUUUUAUAUGGCAUAUCAGAGUUAAGUCUUUAGAAUUACUUUACAUCUUCUCUUCACUUUUUUAGACUUUUCUAGAGUAGAUCUGAAGACUUUAGGUUAAAGUGUCGGUUUGGAUGCUCACAAAAUAAAGAGGCUCCCAGUGUAGUGAUACAAAACAUUAGCUGUGUCCAAAACUGUGCCCUAUUCACUCUAUAGUGCACUACUCUGAAAUUCUGACAUUCUGAAGUGGUAUUCUAAAACAGUGGACCACAAAAAUCCCAAACCCGAAAAUAUAACACUAUAAUAAAUGCACUAUAAUAUAUAUUGUAAAAAAUAGUCUACCCUCCUACCAGCUACUAAUUACCUGUAAUUCACUUUGUUGUUUGGUUUAAAGAUUUGCAUGAAACAUAGUUAAGGAAAACCGACAAUUAGAUUGUUAUAUAUGCGACGGCAGAUUGUCACAUACUGAGCUCGUACUCACUCAGCUAGGUAGAUGUGGUGUUCAUUCAACACUCUAUUAUAUUAUUCUCCUGUAAUAGUGCUUUGGAAAUGGUGUUUUGGAUUUUUGCAUGUAGAGGAAAGGGAAUAGGGUACAUAGGGUUUUGGACACAGCUAGUAAAUAAAUUACAACUAUAUCUAAAAAAAAAAACAUUUAUUGUACGUUCCCAAUUAUAAAUAAAAUACAGAAGGGUAAAUCUCCCAGGAUGUGACAUGUGCAUGCUCUUCCCAAAAAUGGUUAAUCACAAAGCAUAUGUUGCUAGGUUGGACAGGUUUUACAGGAUACUGGCAAAAAUCUCCUUUAGGCUGAUCUGAGAUUUUUUUUUUUUUAAUAACAAUUUUCUUUAUUUAGAAAAGUGUUCUAGACAGUCACUUAUCCAAUAUGAUUUAAUUCUUCAUCUCUUUCUGGUUUUUAACUGGUUUGAAGACAGUUCACAUACACAUCUUAAAAAUAUGCCCGUUAUUUAACAGCAGUAAAUAUAAAAUAUAUUUAUACGUAUAUUCAAGCUAAUUAUACUAAGUCUAUAGCAUGAACCUUUCAGUAGAAACUGAAACCACUACACUUAAUGGGUGAGAAUAAUCAAAUUAAACAUUUUAAACAUUGCUUGUUUAAUUUAAUUGUAGUUUUCCCUUAAACAUUUUAAAGAAGGUGAUUUGAUAUGCUUAUUUCUCACAAAGAUGAACAGAAUUCUUGCCAGUGUUCUGUAAAGCUUGGCCAAUUAUCAACCAUUGCUGUGAGAGGACAUAUUUGUACAAAGACCAAGUAUAAAAAUCCCUGUGGUUUAACAUAAGUGAGUCUGAGUACUGUCUCUCUUGAGCUUUGCCACCAAGCAUGUUUCACUUUGUUUUAAUCUUUAUCAUUGUUUCAGGUUAAUGUAUUACUGCCUGUUUGACUUUGUUCUUGACAUUUGAUUGUUAAAGAGAUGAACACAGGGAUUCUGGACAUAUGAUGCAAUAGUCACAUUUAUACUGAAGAUGUUCUGCCUAAAGCUCAUCCUAAGGAACUGAUGUUGUUGGACUCAUCAAUACUUUACCCUUAAAAAUUGACAAAUAAAAAAAUGUAUACCUGUGUGUGGUAUACAUGGUAUAUAUUUAUACCAUUUUUAUACCAGAGUUAUACAGAACUGUGUUCUCUGAAAUGAUGGUGCACCUCGCUAAUGCUCUAGUUGCUGAUUGCAAUCAAAUCCUUACAUCAAAGCUCCAAAAUCUAGCAAAAAAAGGCUUUUUUGGACAGUAGAGACAGUUACUCCAACAUAAGCAGGAUAUGCUUGUUUUAAUACCCUUUAUUUCAUAAGAAUCAAUGAAUGAGCAGAUGCAUUAUGUGCUUUUUUUUUUCUUUCUUUUUUUUAACUUUUACAAAGGACGUUAUCACUGAGAUUAUUACUCUUUCCCAGGUCUCCACAUUUUUCUUUCGUUUUUUUCCUUUAAAUAUCGUAUAAAAGCACCUGUAGUAGACAUUUCACAAGCUUCCCGGAGACAGUCCAGGCCUCGGCAGAAACGGGAAUUAUAGAGGCUGUUUUGUUAGUCUAGUUUUUUUUUCUCAAAUGUAUUUAUUUAAUUCUUUCUUCUUUUUUUUGGUUAUUUUCUUUGUAAAUGUGAAAACUACCAAAAUCUGCCUCUGGUGCUUUCUGUCAAAUAACUAGAGCAGGGAGCUGCUCUGUCCACUUAAUCAAAUGAGUUUAUCAGCAAGCUACUGCUGUUGAAUUUUGAUCAAAUCAUGAGAGUAAAAAAAAAUCAGUAUAGUUGGUGGAAUUCAGUUUGUUCAUUAGUCUUUGUAAAUAAUGAAUGUUAAAGUUACUCCUCACUGAAGAGUGAAGCCAUACGGUAAGAGGACUCCAUCGCUUCUUGUCUGUAGCUAUUGGCUUGAACAGCAGCAGUUGCUAAGUAAAACCUCAUCACCACGGUACUGUGCUUCCACCUGAAAUCUACAACUGAAGAAAAAAAAGUGUAUAACACAAAAGACUAACUUGCAACUAUCAUAGAAAAAAAAAUACUUAAUUGGUUGUAUUUGGAGCAGCAACAUCAACAGGCUCUGUGAUGCCUUGUUCCUAUCAGAUGAACUGUAACAUAUCACAUGUAGAUAGACACUGUAAACACUGUAAAUGCCCCCAGCUGGAGAUUUGUGUAUAAAAUAUUAAUUUUUAAUCUACUUUAUCCAGUUUAAUAGACUCAUUUGAUUUAUGGAAAAUUGAAAACCUACCCUCCAAUUUUGUCCUAUGGCAGGAGACAAGAGGAGGGGUGGGGCAAAUUGGCAAUGGUAUGGUUUUCAGUAAUUUUUUUUUUCUUUUACUUUCUUUUUGUUUAGUUUUUUUUUUUUUUUUUUUCGUUUUCUUGGGAGGGAAGGGGGUUAUCAGUUGGAUCUUGCCUGUGGAGAGAACCAUAUUUAAUAAAUGUAUAUGACCAUCUUUA